UCGUGCGCUGCAUGGAGGCCGAGCGGUCUUUUGGUUACCUCGGUGAGGAGCUGGGGUGGCUUCUGUAGACUCGGCAAGAGCGAAGCCUCGUGCCGGACGCCCGGGAGCUUUGGGAUAAACGAGUUCCCUGCUUCUCGCUGCCGCAGCAAGCGCGCGCUUUGCCGGCGUAGCUCGGGACCGAGCUCUGCAGACUUUCUGUGCUGAUGUGGGGCUGCUGGCUGGCUGCUGCCGCGCCGCUUGGGCUGUCCUGCCCCCCAAAACCUCAGCCCCGAAGCUUCUCUCCUCCGUGGUGGUGAGAUCUGCUGUCGGCUGCCCUGCUUCCCGUUAACUCCGCUUUUUUUUGCGGUCAGCCGCGCUGCAAACUCUUGUAAGGUGGAUCCACCGCCUUGGCUGGCUGCGGACGAUGCCGAGAGGCUGCGCGCUCUGUUUUUGGGCUCAAAGCUUCUUGGAUGCUUUCCGUGGGGUCGGUUGAAGCAAAGCUAUCUCCCUUACUGGGCUCUUGGGUGGCCUACAACCGGGAAGAGACCUCAAAUAAGAAACAUUGGUAAGCCAGAACUUCACCUUAUCUGUGACUGCUUGGUUUGUGCCCCGUUGCCUGCCCUCCCCGCGGUGGCCAGCCACCUCCUGGGCCUGGGGUACCGAGCUCUUCUCCACGGGUGGCCUUCCACCUCUGCUUCCAACGCUCGAAGAGGCAACUGGGGUGGGGACUGUGGUCUUGUCAUCCUUAAAAUCAUCCCGGGAACACCGGGGAGCGGGCUGGCGCGCGCGGUCGGAGCGGGGUGGCUUGUACCGAAGCGUUGGCUGAUGCUGAUGGAUCUCGGCAAGAGCUGGCUGCGUGGGUGGAGGAGUGCGAGCGACGGGCGCCGCUCCGGCCGGGCUCGGGGCCCACGAACCCACGCGGUGCUCGUGGGAGCCGGGCCGAUGGCGGCACGGAGCGCGUGGAGGAGGAGCAGGGGCUCGCUGGGGAGGGACGCUCAGCGGGCUCGGUGCCUUCAGCACCCGGUCUGAUACACAAAUUAAACCGGCUGCAGCGCUCCUGGCUGCCUCCACCAUCCCCUUCACCGUGUGGCUGCCUGACCGGGCGCGGCGCAGGAACGGUGGGAGCCGGGAGAACCCUCCUGGAGCCGGUUGCGGUGCUGGGAAACCUCGAGUCUUCGAGCGCGUCGGCAACCUCAUCUUUAGGGGUUUGUUCGCGUGAAGCUCCAACGUCGGCGUGACUCUAGAAGCUGGACUGAAGGAGAGGACCCUGCAGGUUUGGUUUUGGACAGAAAGCAAGCUUAGAGAUGCGAAGCAAAUCUUGAAACCCAGAAGGAAGGUGAGUGUUUAAAUCCCUUAGUUCUGAUACCUUGGGUGGAAACGUGUCGGGCUGAUCGGGGAUCGCUCCUCUGCACCCCGCUUGUAGGUAGGUUAUUAGAUCUGAAGGUUCACUUCUUGGUGUAAAUAAUCAUUUAUCUCGCCAGCAGCUGAUGUUAAUAAUGUUGAGUAGAAGGGGGCUUCGUGCAGGAACCAAAGUAAUCUAGCGUCCUGUGUUAAUAGCAGUAUGUGCAACUAAAAACUGGGGAUAUAGGGAAAAGAGAAGUGAGCUUCCUUCCUCCUCCUCGCCUUGCUUCUCCGGGCUCACCUGUGUGUGACUGGUCCUCCUCCGGGAAAGGGGAGGACGUCGCAUCCCGAGGAAUUGGCUGGAGCCAGGGAAGCCGCUAAGCUUGUGUUUCCCUUUCCCAGCCAGAAAUGGAAAAUUACGGUUCUGUAACCGAAACGACCGGACUUGCCCGUGGCCAGGCUUUCCCCGCGUUAAAACUCCGCUUGGUUCCGGCACUCCGGCACCUUUUCGAUCUCUGAAUUUUGGCAGGACCCUCUGGAAACGGGAAGAACAGGCGCUCUCCCUCCAAAGCGUGCUCCUGGUGCCGAUAAGGCUGAUUUUACCACUCUGGUGCCAAACAAACUGAUCUUACCACCCUUUUUCCCCACAAAUACCAGUAAAAGCUGAGGAUGAGAGGCGUAGCUGGUACGGACGCUGUGCCCCGGGGAGACCCUCCUCCGGCCAGCUUUUCCUGGGCGCUGCUGGUCGAAGGCCGUUCCCCACCGCUCAGCCCCCUCGACAUCAGCGUGCGUUGGAUGGGGAGAGGCAGCGAGGACGUGCCAAGUCUGGGCCGUUUGGCCGAGCAGCCUGGAAUAGUGUCUCCUUUCAAACGAGUCUUCCUGAAGGGCGAAAAAGGUCGGGAUAAAAAAGCCCAGGAGAAGGUAACGGAGAGACGGCCUCUGCAUACGGUGGUGGUGUCCCUGCCCGACCGCGUCGAGCCGGACGUGCUGCUGAACGACUACAUCGAGAAAGAAGUGAAGUAUUUAGGGCAGCUCACGUCCAUCCCGGGGUACCUGAAUCCCUCCAGCCGCACGGAAAUCCUGCAUCUGAUCGAUAACGCGAAGAGAGCACACCAGCUCCCGGGGCAGCUGACCCCGGAACACGACGCCGUCAUCAGCCUCUCCGCCUACAACAUCAAGCUGGUGUGGCGGGAUGGAGAAGAUCUCAUCCUCAGGGUCCCCAUCCACGACAUCGCGUCCGUUUCCUACAUCCGAGAUGACUCCUCUCACUUGGUCGUGCUGAAAACAGCUCAGGACCCCGGGAUCUCCCCAAGCCAGAGUCUCUGUGCCGAGAGCUCCAAGGCGCUGACGUCGGGCUCGCUCUCCGAGAGCGGGGUGGGCCCCGUCGAAGCUUGUUGCUUGGUGAUCCUGGCUACGGAGAACAAAGUGACCGCCGAGGAGCUGUGCUCGCUUCUCAGCCAAGUCUUCCAGAUUGUUUACACUGAGUCCACGAUCGACUUCUUGGACAGAGCAAUAUUCGAUGGGGCGUCCACGCCGACGCGGCACAUGUCCUUACACAGCGACGACUCUUCCACCAAAGUGGACGUUAAGGAAUCGUACGAGACGGAAGCAAGCACUUUUUCCUUUCCAGAAACCUUGGACGCAGGCGACAACUCCCCCUCUUCCUUCUCCACGCAACAGUCUCCACACAUUAAGACAGUCAGCGAGAGCGAGCUGAGCACCACGGCGACAGAGCUGCUCCAGGACUAUAUGAUGACGCUCCGGACGAAACUCUCCUCCCAAGAGAUCCAGCAGUUCGCGAUGCUCCUGCACGAGUAUCGCAACGGGGCUUCGAUCCACGAGUUCUGCAUCAACCUGAAGCAGCUCUACGGGGACAGCAGAAAGUUCCUGCUCUUAGGUCUUCGCCCCUUCAUCCCCGAGAAGGACAGCCAACACUUCGAGAAUUUCUUGGAGACCAUCGGGGUGAAGGACGGCCGGGGGAUCAUCACGGACAGUUUCGGGAGGUACAGGAGGACGCUGAGCACCACCUCCAACUCCACCACCAACGGCAACGGCGCCGCCGGCAGCUCCGACGACCAGUCGGUCCCUUCCGAGGAGGACGAGUGGGACCGGAUGAUCUCGCACAUCAGCAACGACAUCGAGGCGCUGGGCUGCAGCCUGGACCGCGACUCCUCCUGAGGGCGGGCGGGGGGAAGGCGGGGGGGCCCCCCCCCCACACACACACACCCCCUGGUGACACCCCGCAGCGGCGCCUGGAUCCCGGAGGAGGUUUAUUAAGGGGGGGGGGGGGUAUAAUUACCCUCACCCUGCCGGGGUGCCGCGGGGGGAUGGCCCCGGUUUGGUUUUUGCCGGAGCCACGUCAGCUACAACCAACCCUCCGCCUGGUUUACAGUUUUGCACAUGGUAUCGCUGUUGUAACUGCUCUCCUCCUCCUCUUCUUCCUCCCCCUGUUUCGUUUUGGUUUUUUUUUUUUGGUUGUUUUUAUUUUUUUUAUUUUUAUUUUGGUUUUUUUUUUUUUUUUUUUUUUUUUUUUGGAAUGAAGUUUACCACAAUGUGAAUUAUUUAAACCUAUCGUCGAUACGUGUCGCCUCCACACCCCCAGGAGAAGCCGCCGGUGACCCCAGCCCCUUCCCCCAAACCCCCUCUGUGCCCCCCCCUCCCCUUUACUCAGGAACACCGGGGGUGGGGGGACACCCCACAGCCAGUGUUUUACUUGCCAGCGGGCUCGUGGGUGCCCACAGCCAGCCUGCCAGGGGCAAGGACUUACCCCAGGGACACCCCCCCCUGCCCCCCAAUCCUCCCUGCCCUCCAUCCUGGGGUCUGGGGGCUCCCCAGGGCCCACCCCAUGGGAUGGGGGGGGAGCUGAUUCAGGACCCCCUUUAGGAAGUUUGGAAGGCAAAGGGGGGGGGGGGCUGCAGGGCGGGGGGGUACAUGCUGUAUAUAUUUUACGUGCCGUUAUAAAUACACACUUAUUUUUUUUAAUCCGUCUCCCCUGCCCAAGGGGCGCCCCCCGGGGGUGAGGUGCCACUUUUUGGGGAGGGGGGGGGGACGACACCUGAGAAGGGUCACUGCAAAGUGUGAGGGGGGUGUCCCCAGUUAUCCCAGAACCAGGGGGGAGGAUGGAGCUGGCGGGAGGGACAGGACAGACCAGCAGCACCCGGGGGGGGGGCUCUGGCACCCAUGGGUGGCCCUGGCAGGGCCAAAUGUGCCGGUGCUGGAGCCACCCCGAGCCGGGGGGGGGGCGGGGGGGGGGGGGGUGGGUGCUUUGGGGCCAGACACUGGCUCAGCAGUUUCGGGGGGAUCCGGCACCUCCCGCACAUUCCUCUGCUCUUUGUCCCCAAAGCCUCCCCUGCCCCCCCCCCCAGUGCCUUUAACCCCCCCCCAUUUUUAACCCUUACCGGGGGGGGGGGGGUUGUGUCUCCUCUUGCUGCCGUCCUCCUGUCUGUCCAGUCCAUCCCGCAGCCUUCAUCCCUCCAUCCUCUUCCCCCCCCCAGCCCUCGGUACGAUCCUGCGCAGAGCCCCCGUCCCACGCUGCUUUAGGCUUUUUGGGCAGGGGGGGGGAAAGCAGGGUGACACACCCCCCCCCCUUUUUGCUCCCGGGGCGGGGGGGGGGUCCCCAUCACCCCUUUCCUCUGCAGUUUAAGGGGUGAACGUGGCCAAGUGCUGCUCCCUCUGUCCAUCCUCCCCCCACACUUUCCUUCCAGCUUCGAGGCUGAUAAACCAGUGGGGGGGGGGUGUGUCCCCAAAUUGGGCCCCCCCCAGAGGAAGGAACAAGCCUUGAUGGAGCAGCUUGAGUUUUCCUCCUCCCCCCACACGUUUCCACCAAGGGGAGAUUGGGGGGGGGGGGGUGUCCCAGCUCAGCAUCCUCAGGGAUUUGGGGACCAAGAUUUUUUCCCCCCUCAUCAAGCCCAGCGCUGGGGCGGGGGGGGGGGCUGGUUUUUUUAGUGCCUUUUUAUGAUUUAGAGAUUAAAACCAAAUUGCACGUGUGGACAGUGAAGUCGUGAAAGACUUGAGAUUUGGACAAAAAAAAAAAAAAAAAAAAAAGAAAAAAACCCCUAUUUUUGACACGAUUGUGUACAGAGAGCUGUAGCGCAGAAGCCGGAACAGCUCGCAGUGGGGUUUUUUUUUGGGGGGGUUGGUUUGGGGGUUUUUUAAUAUUUUUAACAGGAAAUGGGACUUAAUUCUGGACCUAACCCUCUGUCGUAGCAUUCCGGGAGCAAGGAGGUGGCAGCACCCCGGGGGGGUUUGGGGCGGGGGGGGCGCAUGGAUGGUUUCUGUACAGAAUAUUUGCUACAGAGAAAUAUAAUUCUGCACCCA